AUGUGGUACGAAGCGUUGCCUCCGUUUAUUAUCAUGGCAGGGUGUAUAACCAUUACUGGUUAUGGUUUGAAGAUUAUUGAUAAGCUGUUUUUGGAGGGCAAGGUAAGCAGGCAUAGCCGAUUAUAGGUCUUGCGUUUAUUUUUGUUUUAAGUACAGUCGACUCUCUCUUAACGGACACCUCUAUAAGACGGACACCUCCGUAAAACGGACACCUAGAGUUGGUCCCUGCCUUUCUUUGCUCCCUCUAUUUGACUUUCUAUAAGACGGACAUCUCUCUAAGACGGACAGCUAGUACCGGUCCCAAAGGUGUCCGUCUUAGAGAGAGUUGACUGUAGACCCUUUUGAAAUCUCCAUCUCAGAGAUCUGUGUCAUUAUCAGUUAAUAUCGAUAUAAAUAUUAAGCAUAUAUGUUCGGGAUCUUCCGAAUAACUGCUGACAUCUCUGAUUUGUUUUAGCCAAGAAGAUACAAUUUAGAUGACUUUGAUAGGAGAAUGAUUGAAAGAGAUGAGCAGAUCACAGGCUCAAAAAAUAGGCAGAAGGUACAAAGUCCGUCAUAUAUCUGUCAGUUUUAAAGGUUGAAUUCACUAGCAACUGGGCUGGGCUCGUAAUCAAAGAUUUGCAGCAGCGAACAAAUAAGCGAAACACAGUGUAUUGUUCCACUUCUGUAUGCGACCCGUCUGUUAUUUUCUCAGUGCACUACCCCCCCACCCAACCAACGAACUUUAUUUCUUGCAUGUUUUGAAUGAAGUAUGAGGAGUUAUGAAUAAAGUAGCAAACUAUGUUUUGCUGUAAGGAAAUUUGUACAGAGCCCACUGAACAAUGAAACUAUGAAAUCCAGUGUGUACAGAGAGAGGAACUGUCCGUUUUUCCCUGUAUCCUCCUGUUAAUUCUUAACAUAACUUUUUUCAGCUCUUUAAAAAAUAUUAUCAGUUUAGAACCACCACACAACUGUAGAGAGUUUUGACGGUUUUCUUGUUAUUUUUAUUUGGCAGACAUUGUAGAAGACAGCUGUACAGGAUGCUGCAAUCCUGUGGUUACUUUAUAGUUCCUGACUUGUUAACAACUUAAGCUGAAUACAGAUGCCAAUUAUCUGAAUGCACUUGAGAGUUUGUAAAUAAAAAUGUCCUACAAUUCUUAUAUUUGUCUUUCAUUUAUCAUGGGAUCUUUUUGCUAAUUUAUGUGGUUUUCUUGUAUUUCUAUUUUGGAAAUGGUGAACGCUCAGCGUGUUACCAUUAAGACAGUUAUGGAUGCAUAUGUGAAGUUGCUAAGUAUGAAAACAAAAAAGCUUUUGAGUGCUCACCUAAUCUCCCAUCUGUAUCUUGAUCGGUACCCAGCUGUGGCAUUUACCAUUUUAUUUUAUCUUCACCAUUUGCUCCUGGAAAUUUCACCGAAAAACAUGUUUUGAAGCUAGUCGAGCCAUUUUCUGGUCACUGUCGUGCUAUAAAGAGCUAAAACUUACCAUAAACCCAUUUGCAGGUCAUAUACUUUGUGGCCUUUUGAUCCAGAUGUAAAAUAUUAGCUUGCAUAUUAGUUUGGGCAUGCGCAGAAAGCAAAUUUUCGUUUUGGGGUUUAAAAGUGACAAAGCAGUCUUGACUUUUACUUUUUGCUUUCUUUCCUCCCCUCUUUUUUCACUUUUCUUACCUCAUUUUUUUUUCUUUGGCUGGGCAAUUAGGCGUUUCCUAUUUUGUAGGAAAAGAUUUUAGGCAAGCUUUUAGGAUCUUAG